AUGGUAAAAGUUAGAAUUGGACUUACUAGUUGCCCUGUGCAAGAGAAAGUCCAAAUUACGACAUGUUAUCGUUGCUGGGGUACGGGCCAUGAGGCUAGGGAAUGCCAUGGACUGGAUAGAACAAAAGUAUAUAUCAACUGCGGAGAAGAAAAUCACCAAAGAAAUGAUUGUACCAACAAAGAAUACUGUACCGUUUGUGACACUCCAGGCUAUAAACCUCUAACACUAAGGUGCCCGGUGUAUAGUAAAGCAGUUAAACGCACGAAAGUCAGACCAGCAGGUGCUGCGUCAGAUGCAACUGUUUCAGCUUGGACCAAGAAAGAUGUCGAAGCUCAAACACUGAUAGGUUUAGAUGUAAACAGUAAGAUAGCUAACAAAAUUGGUAAUUGUGAAACUUCCAAAGACAUGAUAGACAAAUUAGUUAGUUUAUAUGGUACAAAGACUGAUGUAACUUUAGAAACGUCCCGAAUCAAAUUCUUUACCUUUGAGUAUGAUGAGAGCAAGUCAGCAAUAGAGAACUGUAUGGAAAUCAUGGACUUGGCAGAGGAAUUGUCAACUGAAAAUGAUCCAAUGAGAGAAAGUUGGGUCAUGACGAGGAUUUUGAGUGUCUUACCGCCAAAACUGGCACAUUUCAGAACUGCGUGGAACAACGUGACGGGACAUGCAAAGAACUUGGACACACUCAUCGAACGUCUGAGACUUGAGGACGAGCAGCUUAGAGAACCGACGACAAACGCAGAGGGCAGUACCAGCAACGCUCUCAUGGCAAAACGUGGAAAACAAGGGCAGUCGUCGAGCAAGCAGGACAAGUCACAGUUCACAUGUUACAAAUGUGGGAAGCCAGGUCACGUGAUCAAGGAGUGCAGAGGAAAGGCAUGUCAGAAGUACAUUGAGUAUUGCAAGAAGAAAUACUCAUGUAGCAAUUGUAAGCAGAAAGGCCACUUCGCAAAGGGUUGUCCAUCCCGAGAAGAAGGAAAUAAGUCAGCAAAUGGAAAACCCAAGAAGGCAUUUUUGACCACAGCUCUCUCGACAGUGGACAACGACAUCUCGCAGGACAGGGCAACUUCAUGGUAUCAAGACAGUGGAGUUAAUCUUUUCUCAGUCAGUCAGAUGUUAGACAAGGGACAUGUACAGAAGGCAGAUGAAAACGAGUCGAUAUUCCAUUGUAAGAAAAGCAACGAGGUUGUGGCAGUAGCAAGGCGCAAAGGAAAUUUAUACAAAAUGAUGCUCAGAAGAAAAGGACAGGAAGAAGAGGCAAGUUUGAUGGUUCAGUCGAUCAAAGUAUGGCAUGAAAGACUCGCCCAUCAAAACGUGAAGUAUGUGAGGGACAUACUGAAAAGGAAAGGGAUCAAGUAUAUUGAUGACUGGAAUAAUUAUGUGUGCACAGGGUGUGCAUAUGGCAAGCAACAUCGAUCCGCACAUCCGAACAAUCCCAACACAGCCCAGCAGCCGUUAGAUCUUGUUCAUGUCGACACUGGAGAGAUGAACAUCCCAUCCCUGGGAGGAGCAAAGUAUUGGCUCAUGUUGAAGGACGACUUCAUUCACUACCGAAGCUGUUAUUUCAUGAGGACGAAAAGUGAGGCCCCUGAGAAGAUUGCCAGCUACCUGAGACUUGUAGAAAAUCAACUAGGAAGGAGAGUGAAGAGCCUGAGAUCGGACAACGGCACGGAACUGAAGAAUGCAAAAACGAAAGAACUCAUGGACAAGUUGGGAAUCUUUCACACCUUUACGAAUGUACACACGCCAGAGCAAAAUGGAAGGGUUGAAUGA